CCCAGCCGACCUAGCCCCUCAGUCCCUCACGGCCACGCCCAGCACUAUCGCACUCGACGAACGCACGCAGGCGCCGCCCGACCAGGCACCCGCACGAGCUUGAUCGCCGGCGACGAGCCGCCGCCCGCCGGAAAGGAGGAGCUCCGGCUGCAAUAUUCGAAAAGCGAGGUCCAGAUAAGCGGAAACAAACAGGGCCUAUAUCUUCCAUGGCACUUGUCGUGAUGUGUGGGCAGCCAUGCAGCGGCAAAUCAGCAGCUGCUGCUUGCCUUGCUGCUGCACUGCGCACCUCCUCAACAGACCUUAUUGUCCGUAUCAUUGAUGAGUCAUCACUCCAUCUCGGGCGCAAUGAUAGCUACAAAGAUAUGGUUGUGGAAAAAAACUUGAGAGGAGUUCUUAGAUCAGAAGUUGACAGAUCGGUGUCACGAGACAGCAUAAUUAUUGUCGACUCUUUGAACAAUAUUAAGGGGUACCGAUAUGAGCUGUGGUGUCUUGCACGUGCAUCUGGAGUAAGAUAUUGCGUGCUUUUUUGUGAUACAGAAGUGGACCAUUGUAGGGAAUGGAACGACAACCGCCAGGAGAAAGGAGAACCAGCAUACGGUAGUAAUAUAUUUGAAGAUCUUGUGAGGAGGUUUGAGAAUCCAGAUAGGCGUAAUCGUUGGGAUUCCCCUCUUUUUGAAUUGUUUCCAUCCAGAGAUGAAAUAGUGGAAUCAGCUCCUGUCAUUGCCGAGGCUGUGUCGUAUUUGACAAAAAAGGUGGAUUCAAAAACAAGAGAUGUAAAAGUUCUCCAACCUACAAUUGCCACUCAGACUAUCUUGGCAAUUACCCGAGGAUUUUCCUAUGGCUUGAUAUUUCAGGUGAGAACAACAGAGGCUAAUUCCCUUUAUGAGAUGGACAAAGCAACACAGGAAGUGGUGAAUGCAAUUGUUGAAGCACAAUCCUGUGGUCUUGGGCUUGCCAUGAACAAGAUUUCUAUUGGACCUAACUUGCCAAAUAUCAAUCUUCAAAGAUCUGUUGGCCUGCCUGAGCUCCGAAGCCUGCGACGAACUUUCAUUAAGCUGGCAGGGCAGUACAGCCUGAGUGGCCCACCACCACCGACUGAUGCCGAUAGUGCAAAGAGGAUGUUUGUUGACUACUUAAACCGUGAAGUUGGUGCUUGAUGGGUUUUCCUCUCUGAUGUAUAAAUAAUUUGGGGGCUAACAUAUACUUUUAGUGGCGUUGAAAAGACUGCAUGCCCUGAUUGUAUCUUCGGUAUAAUAGGAUUUCAUAAAUGCUGACAUCAUACAGGAAUUCUUGUACCUUUGUAACAUACAAAAUUCUAGGGAAACUGAACUUUGAAAAUCCACUUGUUUCAAUUCGUAUUAUUCUUACUA